AUGAACCGCCCGUCCAGAACAGACGAGCCCUACGAGGGAGAAGGCUACAACCAGAGCCCAAACCCCCUCUCCAACGACUUGACUACCAACCAGGACCUCAACGGAACCGUCAAUGCGAGAGUGCUAGAGCCGGGAGAAGACGGGAAAACCCAGUCAGGGGCCGCAGACAAUGCCAUAUUGCGUUCCCACGAUGAUUGGGGAGGGGACAGAGGUGCCCCCGGGGCGCGCGACGCCUCGCCGGCCAAGUCAGUUGGACUUGGCCAUCCUGGGGGGGAGGAGGCCAUGACGGCCCUUCUCCCUACCCUUCACUCACGCCGCUCUACUCAUGGUGGCCGAGAUGAGUCCCAGGUGCAAAUGGGCAUCGUUGGUCGUAUCAAGAGCGCUGUCAUCAAGUUCGGUUCCUUCAUCGGGCCCGGGUUCAUGAUCUCCGUCGCGUACAUUGAUCCUGGAAACUACUCGACCGGCGUCGCUGCGGGAGCGACCUACCGCUUCAGGCUUCUGUUUGUUGUCCUGCUGUCCAACCUGUUCGCCAUCUUUCUCCAGAGCCUCUGCACCAAGCUCGGCACCGUCACCGGGCUCAACCUGGCCGAGGCUUGCCGGGCCUUCCUGCCGCGGUGGUUGAAUUAUGUUCUAUACGCCUUUGCAGAGAUUGCCAUCAUCGCCACCGACAUUGCAGAGGUCAUCGGCUUUGCCAUCGGCUUGAACCUCCUGAUUCCCGCGAUCCCACUGGUGGCGGGUUGUGCCAUCUCGAUACUCGACGUCAUGAUCAUCCUCAUCUUCUACAGGCCUCACGGAUCCAUGAAGGGCCUGAGAAUGUUCGAGUUCUUUGUCGUUGGCCUGGUGCUGGCUGUGGUUGUCUGCUUCUGUAUCCAGCUCUCCUUGAUCAGAGAGACGUCGGUGAGAGAGGUGUUCCAAGGCUAUCUGCCUUCGCAUGCCGUCGUUGAGUCGCAAGGUCUAUAUCAGGCCUGUGGCAUUCUCGGCGCAACCGUGAUGCCGCAUAGCUUGUACCUCGGCUCGGGAAUUGUCCAGGCCCGCCUAAGGGAAUACGACACGAAACACGAUCUACUCCCCCCUGAAGCGGAGGACGUCGGUUUCAGCAGCGAUGGCAUCGACAAAGGCUACUAUGUUCCGUCGGCAAAAGCCAUCAAACACUGCCUCGCGACUUCGAUAGCCGAGCUCGGGUUCUCCCUCUUCACCUUCGCGCUGUUCGUCAACUCGGCCAUUGUGGUCGUGGCAGGCGCCUCGAUAUACGGGAACAAGGACGCCGCGGAUGCCGACAUCUUCAGCAUCCACAAGCUUCUCACGGACUCCAUCUCCCAGGGUGCCGGAACAGUCUUCGCCCUGGCCCUGCUCCUCUCCGGCGUCUCCGCCGGGAUAGUUUGCACGAUUGCCGGGCAGAUGGUCAGCGAGGGGGCCCUGAGGUGGAAGAUGCGUCCCUGGCUGCGGCGCCUCGUGACUCGCAGCAUCAGCGUCACGCCAAGCAUAGUGAUCGCCGCGGCCAUUGGUCGGGAAGGCGUGAGCGACGCGCUGAAUGCUUCGCAGGUCGUGCUGAGCGUCGUCUUGCCGUUCAUCACUGCGCCGUUGAUUUACUUCACCUGCCGGAACAAGUACAUGACGGUUCGCGACGGCGCGGCGCGGUUCCGCAACCAGUCAGAUGAAGAGUCGAUGGAGAACACGGACGGGCUGGUCAAGAUGGCCAAUUCGUGGUACACUGCCAUUUUCGCCGUCCUGGUCUGGGUCAUUAUAGCCGCGAUGAAUGUUGCCAACUUGGUGCUGCUCUAA